UCGCCGGCGAGGAUGCCACUCUUCCGCAGCGCGAGAGUGGCAGCAGUGUGUGCCUACCCCCUCCUCGAGGCUCCUUGUUAUGGUCCGCGCGGCGCAGUGACAUAACCUCAACUUUUCGACAAGAUUAUCCCUCGGCUGGAGUGAGAGGAGGCCCUAGAAUGGUGGCAAAGAUUGUCGUCGUCGGUUCCUGCAUGAUCGACUUGAACUGCUACUCCAAGCGCCUGCCGAAAUGCGGGGAGACUCUCACCGGGGACAAGUUCAGCAUCGGCUUCGGCGGCAAGGGCGCCAACCAGUGCGUGGCCGCGGCGCGCAUCGGCGGGGAGGACGUCCAGGCCACCCUCGUGGCCAGGGUCGGCGAUGACACCUUCGGCGCCGACUACCUCGCCAACCUGCGGAAGAGCAACAUCGACACCGAGUUCGUCAAGGUCACGCCCCAGCAGCACAGCGGCGUGGCGCAGAUUUCUGUGGCCGAGACUGGUGACAACACCAUCGUUAUCGUCCCGGGGGCCAACACGUGCCUGAGCGCGGCCGACGUGCAGGCAGCCCGGCAGCGCGUCGAGGAGGCCGACGUGGCCCUGUUCCAGUUCGAGACCCCCGUCGGCACCACCCUGGAGGCCCUGCGUCUGAGACGGGCGGCGGGGAAAGGCAUCUCCAUUGUGAACGCCGCCCCGGCCGUGGCCGACCCUGACCCCGAAGUCUUCAAGCUGUCCGACAUUUUCUGUGUCAACGAAACCGAGGCGGAGGCGUUGACGGGGCUGUCCUUGUCCGCUGGGGAAGGCCCGGGCGCGCUGGUCGCGGCGGCGGGGAAGGCCGCGGAGGCCCUGCUGCAGAAGGGGUGCCGCGUGGUGAUCCUCACCCUGGGCGCUCACGGCGCCGUCGUCGCGGACCCCAGCCGCCUCGCGGCGCCCCGCCACAUCCCCGCCAGCCCCACCAAGGCCGUGGACACGACGGGAGCGGGAGACGCCUUCCUGGGCGCGCUGGCGUACUUCUUGGCGGCCAGGCCGCAUCUCGAACUCCCGGAGCAGGUGCGUCGGGCAAUGGGGUACGCCACGCUCUCCGUGGAGAAGCUCGGCACCCAGGACAGCUUCCCUCUCAGGGACAGUGUUCCGGCAGAACUAUUGAAAUAAGUAAACACUAAAGAGGCAUAAAAUAAUGGAUCACUUUUAUUGGGGAAAAAAAUGGUGUAUAAAGAAUUCCUGUGUAUUACAUGGCAUUGCUUUUCGUAUUAAAGCUUUAUUUUGACUAGAA